AGCUUUCUAUGCCGUGUUGUUUUAAUAUUGCAUGUGGUUUGAUUUGUAUUGGAAAAAUGGAAAUAGCUAGUAUGGUAUUUAGCAGUACUUCAAUAAACGUUUAAUAUUUUGUUGUUUAUUCUUGUCGUAACAAAAGCAGUCAAAAUGAAACUUGUGAGAUUUUUGAUGAAACUAAGUCACGAAACUGUUACCGUAGAACUUAAAAAUGGAACGCAAAUCCAUGGAACAAUAACCGGUGUUGAUGUCGCUAUGAAUACACACUUAAAAACUGUUAAAAUGACAAUAAAAAACAGGGACCCUAUUCAACUGGAGUCGCUUAGCGUCCGUGGAAAUAAUAUAAGAUAUUUUAUUUUACCGGACAGUCUUCCUCUUGAAACAUUACUAAUCGACGACACACCGAAAUCAAAAGCCAAAAAGAAGGAAUCUGGUCGUGGAAAUCGUGGUAGAGGUAGGGGCACCAGGGGAGUUCGCGGUGGUCUACGUAGCCGCGGUGGUCGUGGAAGGGGGGGUGGAAGGCGAUGAUAAGUAAACGCACUGAUUUGUAAGAAAAUUUGAAAUAAAUAAAUACAAGUAUUUUCGAAUUGGUCCA